GUGCAAUGGAGUGAGACCGAAGCAGAUCCGUACAAAGUGUAUGCUGUAUACUAUCGACAGGAAAACAGUGAUGCAGAUUUCACCGUCGUAAAAACAAGCAGUACAGAAGUGGUCCUCGAUAACUUGGACCCAAAUACAAAUUACGAUCUUGCGCUAGUCUCCGCCAACGCUCUUGGACAUUCACCAUUCCUCGAAAUGAAAAUCGUCGGCACAUCCGGUAAUGUAUUUUCAAAAACUUUAGCAAUUUUUAAAAAUUUUCUAAAGUUCGGCAGCGAAGCGCAGGAAUACGAAAGCGUGAGGACGGACGCUUACGAAAGCACAGUCCAAUGUUACGCUGGAAGUACGGGCCAUACUGUCACUACAUUAUUCUUCUUUUUAUUCUUGAUUGCUGCAGCGGCAGCAUGCACUCUGUAUACGGUGCGAACAAAUGCCUGGCCGAAGAUUUUACAGAAACUAAAUCGCAACCAUCCGCUUUCUGAUCGUGAUCCAACAGUGGCUUUUGAAAAUCCGGGAUACGGCACCGAGGUGCAAAUUCGUGGAUUAGCAGGUCACUCAGAUCCAGUGUCGGCCACUGAAUGGCAGAAUGCAGAUCUCGAAGUUGCUGAUAACAUGGCCACGGAAGCUAACAAUGGUAUGAGGUACGCAAAACUGAACAGCUCCUAG